AUGCCUCGAACGAGGUCUACCAAGCCAGCCGCGAGCGAGUCAACGGACACGCCAGCAUCUAGUCUCGCCUCAAAACACCAACUCACUCCUCGUCAAGGCCCAUCACCAGGCGUCUUCAUCCUACCAAAGGCCGCAACUCCACAAGCACGCAUAGUCACUCUGCCACAUCCGCGAAAUGGCAAACCGUCGCGAUACCUCGUCUGCCCCGAGACUGGUCUCUUCGAAUUCACAAAGAUUUCAGCCCCCAACUCAGCGCCUCGAAGCUGGUUAAUCGAGACCAGACCCAAUUUAGGCGAUGAUGAUACAGACAAGAAGGAAUCAGACCCGCUUGUGGACAUAGUAUCCUCCUCCGACAUGUUUGUCGCAACUGCGAUCGAUGCGCUCUUCUUGGUGCUGCCGUCGUUGGUCGAUGCCACGGUCCCAAAGGGCUCAGAUGAAAAGACGAGUCUCUUCUUGUCAAGUGACGACUACUUUGACAAACUCCCCGAGGAAAGCUCGCACCUGGCUGAAAUUCUACAAUGGGAGGCGACCAGAGCGCUUAUCGAGUCGAGAAUGGAGGUCAUUUGUGACACCGUAGAGGCCGGUGACGAGAAGAUGUUCCGACUCAGUGAGAAGAAACUCCUUGCUACCCUCCUCGCAAAGGCCGAGCGCAUAAGUGACGGAGGUCUGCCGCCUACCUUGGAAGAGAAGUUCGUCAAGAGGGCAUUGGAGGCGCCAAUUCUGCUACAUCGCAGCAGCUUGGCAGCCAAGCUUGGCGAAAGUCAAGCUGCCGUCGAAACUGCAGUAGAAUCCGACGCCUCUACUCCCGUCACCGACUCCGCUCAGUCUCAAUCGACAACUGUCACCGCGGACUCAAACUCAUCAUUCGUAUCGCAACCUUGCACUGCGGCAACAUCAUUUGCCGAAGAUUCCAAGGUCGAAGACGCCGCCUUGACCGCCAUCCAAGCAUCUGCGGAAGUCACUGCGCUCCAGAGGCUGCAUGUCGCCUUUGACUUCAUUUGCUCCCGAUAUAUUCCCGCCGCUACUGUAGAACAAUUGAAAAGAUACCUCUCGCAAGCAGACAUGUGCUCGGUCGACUUUUCGCCGCUGGACAAGUACCUAGCUGCAUUGGCCGAGCUGCGUGCCGAGGCCAUUGCCGCGAAUUCGACCGCCGACUACUCGAGGAAGCGGAUGCGAGAUGGAGAAGAAGACGACCUUGUUCAGGAGAAAAAGCGAAAACUAGAGGAGGAGAAGAAGAAGCGCAGGGCUAACGAGAGCCGCGGUGUAAGGGAGCUCAAGAAGGUCAAUACGAGUGGGAUGAUGAAGCUCAGUCACUUUUUUAGAGCGAAAUAA